CUGUGCCGGCAGGGGAAGGCGAGAACUGCGGAUGGAAGCCGGUCGGGAUGCGGCAAAAGCACCAGUUGGCUCUCGCUUCCUCCGUCUGGCAACCACCUUCCCCCGCAGGGAGGAGGAGGAGGAGGAGGAGGACGGCGGCUUUCAACGUCAGCGGCAGUCGCGAGGAAGAAAAAAAGGGGCGCGGCGCUCAGUUGUUCAAGUUGACGCCUCAGCUUCUCCCCGGCCUAAACCGGUUACAGCCGCCCGGCUGAAACCGCCGUCGCCGGGCGGCGAGGAAGGGAAACAAGCGGCACCAAGAGCACUGAUGGAACGGAAUGGAAGCCAAAGAGCCUCAAGUUCCCAAUCUGAGGAAAGCAGCCUGCUGGACUUGCCUGAUGACAUAACUCCAGAAAGCUUUCUAUUGAAGCCAAACCCUGUGGAAGAUGAAGCGUUUGAUUUAACGCUACCAGCAAUUGACGCAGGUUAUUUCCCGACAGAACCCAGCAAUCGGUUUCUCCCAGGGCCGGAUGCCAAAGGCAACAUCACUCAGUGGCCUUACCGCUAUGAGAGGAGAGAGCCUGUCAGCUGCGAGAACACAGAACACCUUCAACACAGUGAAAUUGCGGUUCCUGAGCAAAGGGGAGAAGGGGAAUCCACCCUUAGAAAAUCUCUGGACACAUUCUACAGGACUUUGUGCCAGAAGAAGCCAUCUGGAGGGAGUCCAAGAUAUGAAUCAACUUCACAGUGUUUGUCUCUUAAGACUGUGGAUCUUGCAGGCAAAGAGGGAAUGAAAUUUGUAGUGAAGAAUCUCCAAAUUGCUCAAAUGGUUUUGAACAGAGAGGAGAAUAAAAUCUUUCCUCAGCCUCCCUGCAACCACUUCUGCCUUUUGACUCCUGUCAGUGCCGAUGCUAAUUCAGAGAAAGGAAAAGCAAUCCCUGGACUCUCGGAUGAUGUCCUUCAAUUUAUCUUAAAACAGAAUGCACUGAAAUGAUGCUGAGCCUGAGCAUAUUUCUAAAAUCGUAAGAAUCGAUAAGAUUUCUUUAGCUAGGGAAUGAAUUGUUAAUAACAACUUGAGAGAACCAAGAAUAUAAAGAAGGCGCAUGAUUGAAUUGAAAAAUAUCGUAAAGCAAUUGCUUUUAAUUAUUCCUCAUGUCAGUGAUUGGAGAGUACAUUUUCUGUACGCAAAAAAAGCUCGAGACUCAGACUUGAUUAUGUCCAAUAUUAACAAUUCCCUUUCUUCUAAGAAUAGAACUGGAUUUGAAAAUGUUCUGUUUGAAAACUAAUAGGCUUUCGGGUUAAAAUAUAAACUGAGAAAUAAUUGCUUCUACUUCUAAAUGAAUUCAUGAGAGGAGAUAAGCUUUGCAAAGAAUAGCCUUGUCCUAAUGGAGAAACCAGCAUAGCCUGUUGAUACGGUUCCUUAUGAUCCUAAAUGUAUUCCUUCAAAUGUUGCUUGAGACUAAUAGGAGUCGAAAUUCACAUUUAUAAGGUGACAGGUUGCUCUCCUUGCGCUAAUAGAUUAAUCUGCUAACCUCCCCAUCUUGGAACGCUUCAUCUUUUGUAAUUUUAUAAUAGUGUUUUAUAUAUUUUUAAAUUUUUCAAUCUUAAAUGUUUCUGUUUUUAAUGCUUAACUUUAUUGAUUAAAUUGUACACUGCCUAGAGCUCCUCUCCAAGAAAGAUGGGCAGUUAAAAAGCUAAUUCAUAUUUUGGAAUGUGUACACAGAAAGAGGUUUCUCUUUUCCCCCUGGGAGAAUAAUUGAUUUUGCUAUUUUAAAAUUUGCUGCUUGAAUACUGAAUUCUGUGUUUCAGGCAUGCAUCAGGUAACAUGAUAUAAAUGGAACGUAUUACACUCCCUUUUCCUUUUCAUACCUGCAGACAUUGUAAAUACACCGAUGAACCAUACGAUGUAAGAUCCAGGGAAUUGGCCCCUGGAAGGGUGCUUCUAUGUAUUUUUAUGUAUAAGAUCUUGUUGAAUCUGAUGCAUUUAAGAACCUCUCAUUAAAGGAACCCAAAAGCUUAGACCAUCACUUUUUCCACUGAUAACAGUUCCACUGAAUGGCCUACACUAGGCUUUUGGCCCUUCCUUCUCCCACAACUUGGUUGAUAAAAUUAGCUCUAAAUUAAAACCUGUGGCAAGUUUAAAAUGCAUAUAGAAAAAUUAUUUUUAUAGUUAUGUUUCAUAUGAUAUCCAGAAGAGGAAAUAUAAAAUUGCUUCUUACACAAAACAGCACUGCAAAAUUGCUUCUUCUAUUCAAAUUUGCUUAUAUUAAGAGUCCAUUAUAUUAUGCGGGAGAUGAUGCAGUUUGUCACAUAGGAUGGUUUUAUCCCUUUGGUCUCAAAUAGAGGACCAAUGUACGGUUUGUAUCUAAAGGGAAAAUGGCAUUUUCCAUUCAGGGAUGUACUGCAGAAA